AUGAGCUUGAUUCUACGAGCAUUGGCCCACGCGCCAGAGUCAGUCUCGUGUCCAUUCUUCUCACGAUCCUUCUCUGUCCACCGCGGUGCACAAGAAAAAGGAGAUUACACCAGGUUGCGCCAGCAAAACUCAGAGAAUUAUAGACAGUUGCUGGACAAACACGCCUUGUACAAAAAACAAUGGCUUACGAACCCAGAGAACGUCCAAAGAGCUCGAGAGACGACCAGAUUAUAUUACCUCGCCCACAAAGAAGACGAACGUAGGCUUUUCUACAUGCGACUGAUCAAAUGGUGUACGAGGUAUACGUGGUUCCGCGAAACCCUGCCGUGGAAGUCUGACUCUCCUGUGCUCUACGAACAUCGGGUAGAGCAUCACUGCGAGGGCUGCAACUGGACAAAGAGGGGUGGACGCAAGCUGUGGUGGAAGAAGAUUCCAUCAUCGCCAGCGACAGAAGUCGACAGUUGGUUGUGCUCUGAUUGUUACGUUCCUAAAGCAGCAGACUGGGGAGAGGCUAUGCCUAGAGGCUAUGAGGAUCUCACCACUAUUAAGGAGGUUGCCAAAAGAAGAGAUCAACUGGGCCAUGGCGCAUAA